CAGCUGUGUUAAUGAUAUAAGCCUAAUGAUAAUGAUGGCAAAAGAGAUCCUAGCUUUAUUUUAACAAAAUUAUUUUUUAAUAUUUCUUUGUUAAAUUUUCUUAAAUAAAUUUAUUAUAGGGUUGGUUAUUGGAAAAAGGUGGACUGAUGCCACAGCUACCUAAUGAUACUUGCUGGAACUCCCAACUAGAUUGUUUACAGACAUACAUAUCUAAUCAUUCUCUGUACGUUGACAUUAGAGGUGAGCAUAUGGAAUCCAUUGAUCCUUCGAUAGGAAGCCUAAUUGACAAUCUAUCAAUACAGAGAGAAGCAAUAAAUUUAUAUGCACAACUGAAAAUUGUUGGUGUUGCGUUAGAUAAGUUGCAAGCAGACGAUACAACUUUGUCUGAAGCAGUUGAGAUUUGGCAAAGCCUCAUACAUAAUGAAAAAUUGGCUUUGUACAAAGAUGAUAUUUUAAAGAGGUUCAAGAAGGCAACUGUUCCAUGUCAUUUUCUUGCCAAUUUAACAGAUCCAAAAUAUGAAGGAAGAACAUUGGAUAGAAGUCAAGAAGAAGAAGCUGAGGAAUGGUUGAAUGAAGUCUAUCCUGAAUUUAUGCAAGGCUAUUAUGCGUUUAAACUAAAAGAUGCUAAUUGUUUCCCAACAUAUUUAUUCAACGAUAGUGUUAAAAGCACAACAUCAGCAACAAAUUGGUGGAGAAUUAUAGAAAUGAAAGAAUCUAAGUCUUUCAAAUUGCCUGCAAAUUUUGCAAAAUUUUUACGGCAGUUGCACACUUGUCCAGCUAGUAUUGGAUCCAUAGAAAGAUUUUUCUCAUCUUUUGGGAUUAUUUGGAGCAAAAUUAGAAAUCGUUUAGGAAGAGAAAAAGCUGAAAUGCUUGUACGAAUUUACAGACAUUUAAGAUCAAGAUGCACAAUUGCUGAUGACUUUUAGAUUACUUUGUUUUAAAUGAUUAAGCUUGAAUAUUAUUGCUCCAAGUAAAAUAAAAUUCUUGUUUAUGA